UGCCGCCCUAGCAUCAGGGGGGGGGCCAGGAUGACGGGGUGCAGGGCGCUGCAGUGAGGCAGGAGCGCAGGGGCCUGCUGGAGUCACCAGCAGCGGAGAGGCAGGGAGAGGCGGCUCCCACGGGUGCCGACGGCCAGCAGAGCCUAAGUGCCCACUGUGUCUCUGUGAGCGCCGGCCUCAGCCCUUCCACGCCCGGGGACCCCCGGCCAGCAUCCACUGUGCAGGCCCCCCCCGAGCUGCCCCCUCCUCUGCUGGACGACCGCUGGAGCGUGCGUGUCCCCACUCCCUGUGACCCCGGCCAGCCCCAGCUGCUCCUCCCCUGUAUCCUCAGGGCUCCCAGCUUUGGCAUCUGGGCUCGCAGCCUCAAGCAGGGGUACUUCCGGCCAUCUGUAGAGUCAUCUCCAGAUACACCGCCGGCUGAUGGCUGCAGCCCCCCUGAUCUCUGCUUCCCCCAGGCUCUGCAAGCAAAUGGGUGGCUCCCUGCUGCUGCUGGCCCUGUGGGCGACCUCCAGUGUGCUGGGGCUGGCCGCUGACCAGGAUGAAGACUCGGCCUUCAACCUCUUGAGCCUCAGCAACAUCAACCGCAAGACCAUCGGAGCCAAACAGUUCCGGGGCCCGGACCCCGGGACCCCCGCCUUCCGCUUCCUGCGUUUUGACUACUUGCCCCCGGUGGGCUCCGCGGCCCUGAGCCGCAUCGUGGAGGCAGCACAGCUGCACGAGGGCUUCUUCCUGUCGCUGGGCCUCAGGCAGGACGGCCGCACGCGGGGCACCCUGCUGGCCCUCGAGGGGCCCGGCUCCGGCCAGCGCCAGUUCGAGCUGGUGUCUGACGGCCCCAGGGACAGCCUGGACCUCACCUACUGGGUGGACGGCCGCCCGCAGACCGUGUCCAUCGAGGAUGUGGGCCUGGCUGACUCGCAGUGGAAGAACGUGACGGUGCAGGUGGCCGGGGAUGCCUUCAGCCUCUACGUGGGCUGCGACCUGCUGGACAGCCUGGCGCUGGAGGAGCCCUUCUACGAGCGGCUGACGGCUGACAGGAGCAGGCUUUAUGUGGCCAAGGGCGCCUCCCGGGACAGCCACUUCAGGGGUCUCCUACAGAAUGCCUACUUGCUCUUUGAAAACUCUGUGGAAGACGUUCUCAGCAAGCAAGGCUGCCAGCAAGCCGAGGCCAACGCCAUCAGCGAGGACACGCAGACCUUGCGCGUGGGGGCCCACAUGUCGUCAGAGCUCCUGGGCGCGAGUGUGCCACAGCCAGGCGUGUGUGAGCAGUCGUGUGAGGAGCUGGGGGCCAUGGUGGGUGAGCUGGCCCAGCUGCGGGGCCUGGUCCGCCAGCUGCAGGACAACCUGCACAGUGUGUCCAACGACAACCGGUACUUCUGGGAGUUCAUCGGGGGGCCCCACCGCACGAAGAACCUGUCUGGCUGCCUGCAGGACGGUCGCUUCUUUGCAGAGGAGGAGACCUGGGUGGUGGACAGCUGUACCAAGUGCACCUGCAAGAAGCUGAAGACCAUGUGUCAGCAGAUGACGUGCCCGCCGGCCACCUGUGCCAGCCCCUCCUUCGUGGAGGGUGAAUGCUGCCCCUCCUGUGACCACUCAGACGGCGAGGAGGGCUGGUCACCCUGGGCGGAGUGGACAGAGUGUUCAGUCACCUGUGGGUCUGGGACGCAGCAGAGGGGCCGCUCCUGUGAUGUUACCAGCAACGCCUGCCUGGGGCCAUCCAUCCAGACGCGGAGCUGCAGCCUGGGCAGGUGUGACUCCCGCUUCCGGCAGGACGGUGGCUGGAGCCACUGGUCCCCCUGGUCCUCCUGCUCCAUCACGUGUGGUCUCGGAAACGUCACACGUAUCCGGCUCUGCAACUCUCCAGUGCCCCAGAUGGGUGGCAGUUCCUGCAAAGGCAACGGGCGUGAGACCAAGGCCUGCCAGGGCGUGCCCUGUCCCAUCGACGGCCGCUGGAGCCCCUGGUCGCCAUGGUCCGCCUGCUCAGUCACCUGUGCUGGGGGCAUCAAGGAGCGCACACGUGUGUGCAACAGCCCCGAGCCGCAGCACGGUGGGAAGGACUGCGUGGGGGACCUGCAGCAGCACCAGAUGUGCAACAAGCGGCGCUGCCCCGUUGAUGGCUGCCUGUCCAACCCUUGCUUCCCUGGUGCCGAGUGCAACAGCUUCCCUGAUGGCUCCUGGUCUUGUGGGUCUUGCCCGGCCGGCUUCCUGGGUAAUGGCACACACUGUGAGGACCUGGACGAGUGUGCUGUGGUCCCCGACAUCUGCUUCUCCACUGGCAAGGCCAGCCGCUGUGUCAACACUGAGCCCGGCUUCCACUGCCUGCCCUGCCCUCCACGCUACCGGGGCAACCAGCCCUUCGGCCGCGGCCUGGAUGUGGCCAGGACAGAGAAGCAGGUGUGCGAGCCUGAGAACCCGUGCAAGGACAUGACGCACAACUGCCACCAGCACGCCGAGUGCCUCUACCUGGGCCACUUCAGCGACCCCAUGUUCAAGUGUGAGUGCAGAACAGGCUACGCCGGCGAUGGGCUGCUCUGUGGGGAGGACUCGGACCUGGACGGCUGGCCCAACAAGAACCUGGUGUGCGCCAACACCAGCCAGCACUGCGUGCAGGACAACUGUCCACUGCUGCCCAACUCUGGCCAGGAGGACUUUGACAAGGACGGCAUCGGGGAUGCCUGUGACGACGAUGAUGACAAUGACGGCGUGGCAGAUGAGAAGGACAACUGCCCACUCCUCUUCAACCCCCGCCAGUUGGACUUUGACAAGGAUGAGGUUGGGGACCGCUGUGACAACUGUCCUUACGUGCACAACCCGGCUCAGAUAGACACAGACCACAACUCGGAGGGAGAUGCCUGCUCCGUGGACAUCGAUGGUGAUGACGUCUUCAACGAGCGAGACAACUGCCCCUAUGUCUACAACACUGACCAGAGGGACACAGAUGGAGACGGAGUGGGUGACCACUGUGACAACUGCCCGCUGACGCACAACCCUGACCAGACGGACGUGGACAACGACCUGGUUGGAGACCAGUGUGACAACAACGAGGACAUUGACGAGGACGGCCACCAGAACAACCAGGACAACUGUCCCUACAUCUCCAACGCCAACCAGGCCGACCAUGACCAGGACGGCCAGGGCGAUGCCUGCGAUUCUGAUGAUGACAAUGAUGGCAUCCCUGAUGACAGGGACAACUGCCGGCUGGUGUUCAACCCCGGGCAGGAGGACACCGAUGGGGAUGGGCGUGGUGACAUCUGCAAGGACGACUUUGACAACGACAGCAUCCCUGACAUCGAGGACGUGUGCCCUGAGAACAAUGCCAUCAGCGAGACUGACUUCCGGAACUUCCAGAUGGUGCAUCUGGACCCCAAGGGCACCACGCAGAUCGACCCCAACUGGGUCAUCCGGCACCAGGGCAAGGAGCUAGUGCAGACAGCCAAUUCGGACCCCGGCAUCGCCGUGGGCUUCGAUGAGUUUGGCUCGGUGGACUUCAGCGGCACCUUCUAUGUGAACACUGACCGGGAUGACGACUAUGCCGGCUUCGUGUUUGGCUACCAGUCCAGCAGCCGCUUCUACGUGGUCAUGUGGAAGCAGGUGACCCAGACCUACUGGGAGGACAGGCCCACCCAUGCCUAUGGCUACUCGGGGGUGUCCCUCAAGGUGGUCAAUUCCACCACCGGCACCGGGGAGCACCUGAGGAACGCGCUGUGGCACACGGGCAACACGGAGGGACAGGUGCGUACACUGUGGCAUGACCCCAAAAACAUCGGCUGGAAAGACUACACAGCUUACAGGUGGCACCUGGUGCAUAGGCCCAAGACGGGGUACAUAAGGGUGCUGGUGCAUGAGGGCAAGCAGGUGAUGGCCGACUCAGGGCCCGUCUACGACCACACCUACGCGGGCGGGCGCCUUGGCCUGUUCGUCUUCUCACAGGAGAUGGUCUACUUCUCCGACCUCAAAUAUGAGUGCAGAGACAUAUGAGCAGAGGCGCUGCCCCAGGAAGUACUGUAGCCCCCGCCUCCCCCCUCCGCCUUCUCUUCAGCAUCGACCCUCGCCCCGGACCCUGCACCUGAGGGGAGACCAGGUCCCCAGCACCCCUGUGCCCCAGCCACGAGGCGUGGGAUGCUUCCCGUCUGUGCGAGGACGCCGUCGCCGUGUGUGCCCGGAGCUGUGCCUGCAGGAGGCCCAUCACCUGUUCUCAUGGCCGGGGCCUCCCGGUCAGGGGCUCCCUUAAGGGGACAGGUGACCUCUGUCAGGGCCCUGGAGGAAGGCCAGCUCUGAGGAGAAGGGCCCAGCGCCAGAAGGUGCUGGGAUCUGGCCGGGGCCUGGAGGGCCUAUGCAGAGGCAGAGGGUGGCCUGGGCCUGCAGGCGUCACUGGCCCUGAGCUCUGUGCCCCCCACGCCCCCACCUGUGGCUGAGGACAGCAGGCAGCCUGCGCUGGCUUUGAGACCAGGCACCCACCGCCACCCACCCCGUGUCUCACGGAGCCCCCCCACCCCAAAGGCCGUGCUCAUAUUUAUUAAAUGGGUAGAGAACACGGUCCCGACCACCCAUAACUUAUUUCAAGUCCCUGAGUCACACACACACACACACACACACACACACACACACACACACACACGCGCACACACACACACACACCACACACACGUGCACACAGACACACACAUGCACACACAGCAAAUUUCUGGAAGCUAAAGUUAACGGCUGCAUGGUGACAGAAAGUCACGCUGCCCGUCCAACGUCCCCCCUCGCAAGCCGGGUGCUCUCUGUUGUCCUAGGAAGCCUGCUGAGAAGUGUAAGAGUCAAUAAACCGCGACGCAGAGUUGA